AUGCCCUGCGUUCAGGCUCAGUAUGGGUCAUCACCACAAGGAGCCAGUCCCGCUUCCCAGAGCUACAGCUACCACACCGCUGGAGAGUACAGCUGUGACUUCCUAACACCAGAGUUCGUUAAGUUUAGUAUGGACCUGACCAACACCGAGAUCACAGCCACGACUUCUCUCCCCAGUUUCAGCACGUUCAUGGACAACUACAACACCAGUUACGACGUAAAGCCUCCCUGUCUGUACCAAAUGCCACACUCUGGUGAGCAGUCCUCCAUCAAGGUGGAGGACAUCCAGAUGCACAGCUACCACCAGCAGACUCAUCUGCCACCUCAGUCUGAAGAGAUGAUAUCCCACUCUGGGCCAAUGUACUACAAGCCCUCCUCGCCCCACACUCCGUCCACGCCAAACUUCCAAGUUCAGCCCAACCACAUGUGGGACGAUCCGGGUUCCCUGCACAGUUUUCACCAGAACUAUGUCGCGACCACUCACAUGAUCGAUCAGCGCAAGAACCCGGUGUCUAGGCUCUCCUUGUUCUCCUUCAAGCAGUCCCCUCCUGGCACGCCUGUCUCGAGCUGCCAGAUGAGAUUCGACGGUCCUCUCCACGUGUCCAUGAACCCCGACACCCCAGGAGCGCACCGCGCCUUGGACAGUCAGAGCUUUGCGGUUCCUAGCGCGAUCAGGAAACAGGCAGGCUUAGGCUUCCCUCACUCCCUCCAGCUCGGCCAUAGUCACCAGUUGAUGGACAACCAGGUUUCAUCGCCUCCGUCCAGAGGAUCUCCGUCCAGCGAGGGUCUGUGCGCCGUUUGUGGGGACAACGCUGCUUGCCAGCAUUAUGGAGUGCGUACUUGCGAGGGCUGCAAAGGGUUUUUCAAGCGCACCGUUCAGAAAAAUGCUAAAUACGUGUGUUUAGCGAACAAAAACUGUCCUGUUGAUAAACGCCGCAGAAAUCGAUGCCAGUACUGCCGUUUCCAAAAGUGCCUUGUUGUCGGGAUGGUCAAAGAAGUCGUUAGGACCGCCAGUCUAAAAGGGAGAAGAGGCCGUCUGCCAUCCAAGCCUAAAAGCCCCCAAGAACCACCACCUCCUUCGCCGCCCGUCAGUCUCAUAAGUGCUCUAGUGAGGGCCCAUGUGGACUCAAACCCCUCCAUGUCCGGCCUGGAUUACGCCAGGUUUCAGGCUAACCCUGACUACCAAAUGACUGGAGACGACACUCAUCACAUCCAGCAAUUCUACGAUCUCCUUACGGGCUCCAUGGAGAUCAUCAGAGGCUGGGCAGAGAAGAUUCCAGGCUUUUCUGACCUCCCUAAACAGGAUCAAGAUCUGCUCUUCGAAUCAGCCUUCCUGGAACUUUUUGUUCUGCGAUUGGCGUACAGGUCCAACCCAGUGGAAGGCAAACUCAUUUUUUGCAACGGGGUGGUCUUGCACAGGCUCCAGUGCGUCCGCGGGUUCGGAGAAUGGAUUGACUCCAUUGUGGAGUUUUCCUCCAACCUCCAGAGCAUGAACAUAGACAUAUCAGCAUUCUCGUGCAUAGCUGCCCUUGCCAUGGUAACAGAGAGACACGGACUAAAGGAACCUAAGAGAGUAGAAGAGCUCCAAAACAAGAUUAUAAAUUGUCUGAAAGACCAAGUGACUUUUAAUGGCGGCGGGCUGAAUCGUCCAAACUACUUGUCCAAACUUUUGGGAAAGCUCCCUGAACUUCGCACCCUAUGUACACAAGGUCUGCAGCGUAUCUUCUACUUAAAACUCGAAGACUUGGUUCCUCCACCAGCAAUAAUUGACAAACUGUUCCUAGACACACUACCUUUUUAA